AUGUCUUUAGGAUACUUACUCCUCUUCUCCUUGAGAGAGCAAAAAUAUUUUUGAUGGCUCACAGAGAGUUUUUUUCAAAAUUUUUAUAUAAAAUUAUAUAAUAAAAAAUCAUUUCAUAGAAAAACUAUUCAAUUCAUGAAAUUUAUGUUUUAAAAAUACAAUUGUUUAAAAUUCAAUAGAAUUAAUUGAUAAUUAUUACUAUAUAAAAAAUAUUUUUCCAAAAAACCCUCUUCCAAAAAAUAGGGGUUUUCCAAUCGUUUUGAAGCUCGCAAUGGGGGAAGUUAGCAUUUCUACUAUUCUUGGCAGCCCACGGACAAGAAGAAGUAUCAAAAGAUCAUGAAUUAACAACUCUCGAAGAGACUUCUGAGAAAUACGAGUUCCAAGCAGAAGUCGCAAGUCUCAUGGAUAUCAUUAUAAACUCUCUUUAUAUCAAUAAAGAAGUCUUCUUAAGAGAGCUCAUUUCUAACGCAUCCGACGCAAUGGACAAAGUCAGAUUUCUCGCUCUAAUGAACCCAGAAAAAGACUACGGCGACUUAGAAAUCCGCAUUUCUUACGAUCCUGCCAAAAAAACCCUCACUAUUUCAGACAAAGGAAUUGGAAUGACCAAAACCGAUUUAGUUGAAAAACUAGGAACAGUCGCAAGAUCUGGAACCACACAAUUCUUAGAAGCCAUCGCCAAAGGUGGCAGCAUUAAUCUAAUUGGCCAAUUCGGUGUUGGGUUUUACAGCAGCUUUUUAGCCGCCGACAAAGUUACAGUCGUUAGUAAGCAUGACGAUGAUGACCAAUACAUUUGGACCUCUUCUGCAGGACCUCAGUUUACUGUUAAAAAAGACCCCAGAGGAAACACUUUAGGCAGAGGAACUGAAGUGAUUCUGAAGCUUAAACAAGACGCUGAAGAAUUUUUAGAUAAAAAGACUAUCCAAGACACAAUUAAAAGCUACUCAGAGUUCAUAGAUUACCCAAUUUAUUUGUAUUUAGAAAAAGACAAGUAUAUUAAUGUGCCUAUGAAUGAAGAAGAAAUAAAGGAAGAAGAAGCAAAAGAAGCCAAAAAAUUGGAAGAAAAAAGAGCUGCUUUAUUAAAAGAAAGAGAAGAAAAAAUUGCGAAUGGAGAAGAAGUCCCUGAUGAAAUAGAAGAGCCGACUCUUACUGAAGAAGAAAUGAAAAGAACUAAGAGUGAGAAGACUACUGAAUGGCUAUGGGAACAGGUCAAUACCAAAAAAGCAAUAUGGCUGAAUGAGCCUAAAGAAAAUAAAAUCAAAGACUACGUCAAGUUGUACCAAACACUCAAAAAAGACGGCUCAGAGCCUCUCUAUUUUACUCAUUUCCAUGGGGAAGGAGAAGUUGACUUCAGAGCUAUUAUUUUCGUCCCUAUAUAUAAAUGGCCGAAGGUUUGCAAUCUGUUCCCUUAGUGAUAGCUCGAUAUGUAUACCGAAUUUGUUUUUUGGAUCUAAUUAUAGCCUAGGAUAUUCAGUAGGUGCUUAGCAAUACUCAAUGGAUCUUUCUACAGAGAAAAUGGGGAUUUCGACCUAAGCAUCUGCCAACCUCAGCACAUACUGCAGCAACCAAUGAACUAGGGACUUUAAACACCUACCAGAUUAAUCAAAUUAUCUAAUUUUCGUCCCUGACAAUCCUCCAGUUGACAUGUACGAAGAAGUCACCAAAACUAAAUCAGGACUGAGACUCUACGUCCGAAGAGUUCUAAUCACUGAAGGCCCUGAAGACUUAAUUCCAAAAUACUUGAAUUUCUUAAAAGGAGUUAUUCAUUCUGACGAUAUGCCUCUCAACGUCUCCAGAGAAACCCUGCAGCAGCAAAGAAUCUUCAAAAUCAUGAACAACAAAAUCGUCAAAAAGGUCCUUGACACUUUAUUAGACUUAGCCAAUGAUAAAGAUGAAUGGAAAGCAGAAAGGCCUAAUGAAGAAGAUUGGAAAUAUACAGGAGAAGAUGAAGACCUCAAAAAAGAAAUGGACGAAGAAUACCAGAUUUUACUCAGAUGGAGCCUUAAAAAAGGAAAAGAAAGAUAUGCAGAGUUCUGGAAAAACUUUUCGAAAGCAAUUAAAACAGGAGUUAUUGAAGAUGCAAGUAACAGAAAUAAGCUGGUAAAACUAUUAAGAUUCCAAAGCACUGCUAAAUAAAUCAAAUGGCUACGUUAAGGGAAGACUGAAUCUGAGGCGUCCCUAUGGAGCAGGUAGGGCCCAUCCUAAGGUACCAAAGUAUAGUAUCUAAAGCACUAAAAUAAGUCCUUAUGGAUUGGGGAUGGGAAGCUUUGUUUCACCUCCAAAUGUUUCCUGCUCCUAUUUAGGCUGAACAGGCUUUUUCAAAGCUUGGUCUUUACUUAUCAGAGCCAACAGAGCACUCUCCAGAUAGUGACUCUAUCCCAGGGAGCUGAUCCUGAGGUUCUGUUCGGAAAUCCAAAAGGGAACGUCUACUAUAUGCUUCUCCACUUGACUCUGGAGUCCAUAGUGGUUUGUGCCUCUAUUGGGGUUGAGACAAGGCGAAUUGCUAUUACUUUAUGCACUUAUAGCCGGCAACUUAAUAACUCAACUAAAUUAAAGCACUGCUACAAGUGGAGAUGAAAAAGAUCUUACCUCUUUUGCAGAGUAUGUGGAAAGAAUGCCGUCCACCCAAGAAUUCAUUUAUUAUCUUGCAGGAGAAGAUUUAGAAGCUCUCAAAAAGGCUCCUCAUAUCCAAAAGCUCGUGAAAAUGGGCUAUGAAGUUAUUUUGCUUGAUGACCCUCUCGACGAGUUCGCGUUCAGCUAUAUCAAAGAUUUUGACGAAAAAAAGGUCAAAAAUCUGGCAAAAGGAGAACUUGACCUUGGAGUCAUGACUGAAUACGAAGAAAAAAAGGAACAAAAGCUUAAAGAGUUGUUCAAGCCACUUACUGAUUGGUGGAAGUCUCAACUUGGCAGAGAAGUUGACAAAGUGACACUUAGCAGAAGACUUACUACAGAUCCAGUCGUCAUUGUAAGCCAGGAAUCAGGGUAUACUGCCAAUAUGUAUAGGAUUGCCAAAUCUCAAGCCUAUUCAAAUCAGCAAAAAAUCCCUGACCAUUAUGUCCCUAGGAAAAUUAUGGAAAUCAACCCAGCACAUCCAGCAAUCAAAAAGAUGCUUGAAUUGGUAGAAGAUGACCCAAGCACCCAACAAUUAAGAGACUACUGCUGGAUGUACUACUACACAGGCUUGUUGGCAUCUGGCUUUGCUCUUAAUGAAGAUCCUGAUUUUUCCAGCAGGAUUUAUAGGAUGAUGAACAAAAAGAUGCAGGUUUCACCAACAGAACCUUUGGCAGAGCCUGAUUUGCCUGAAGGAGAUGAUGAGGAAGAGGGUGAGGGUGAGAGUGAAGAAGGAGAUGUAGAAAUUUUGGAUGAAAACGAAGGAGAAGUUGAAAAUGGUGAUCAAGCAGAAGUAGAUACAGAGGAGGAGAAGGUACAAGAAGAGCCUAAGGAAGAAAUAAUUGAAGAUCGAGAGCAAAAACAAACUGAAGAGUCCGCUGAAAAACCUAACUCCCCCCCCCCCCCCCUCCGUGAGCGAACAAAAAAAUUUUGUUCGCUCACGGAGGGGGGGUUAAUUUUUUUUUUUAAAAAAAAUUUAUAUAUAAAUUUUAUAAAAAAUAUUUUUUUUCGAAAUUUAAAAAAAUCCUAAUUUGCAAAAAUUGGGAAGCAAAUAUUAAUUUAAUUUGCAAAAUUUAUGUUUUAAAAACGCAAUUUGUUUAAAAUUAAACAGAAUUAGCUCUAGAUUUCAUUAUACUAAUUAUCACUUAUAUAUCAAAAUUUUUUUCCAUUUAAAUUUUUUUCUAUUAAAAAAAAUUUUUUGUUCACUCACGGAGGGUGGGUUUUUGGUCAAAAAAUGGCGAUUUUUCUAAUGGUUUUGUUCGCUCACGGAGGGGGGGGGGGGAGUAAGCAGGAAAAUUCAGAUGAAGGGAAAAAAGUUGACCUUUAA